AUGCUCAUCAGCUCCGUCAGUAAGUUCUUUUUGUCCACGACUUGACAAUAAAGAUUCAGUCAUGAUAGUUGGUCGUACAAUCUAAGACUCAGAGUCCGCCGGUGACUCCACGUUUUCACUUACGCGCUGUCCGGUUUCUAGGCGCUUCAAAGAACUUCGAUGCGGCCUGAGAUUCUAUACGUACGCUUUUGCCGUGCUGGUUCAAUCGUAGGGCGGGGAGAGCUACAUGGCUCUCAUUACGUCAUCACUUUCGUCCUAUUGGCGGAACGGGCAUACAUUCCUUAGAUGUGCUUUUGAAGCACGCCCUUCACACAUUAAGACCUUUGGCGAACUUUACGCAGAAAUGUUGCGUAUGGCACAAAGGCGUGUUGGUGCAAACACUCUGCUUUUCGCGUUUGCACGUCUGACAAAUCACGCGCAUCCUCCAGGACGCUCUUUCUUUCAUCCUUCCAUCACCACCACCAACUUCGACCGAAAUGGCUGCUCGCAAACAAAAAGUCAUUUUCUUUGAUCUGAUGGGCACAUGCUGCGACUGGCUUACCUCAUUGCUACCAGCACUCCACGAGUGCCCGCCACACUCUUCAUUAACACCAGCGGAGCCGAGGCUUCGAGAGCUCGCUAUCGCGUGGCGCGAAGGCUUUUUCCAAGAGAUACACGCACGGUUCAACCGUGGUGAUCCAAACGAAGAUAUUGAUAUCACCCACCGCCGCGUACUCGACCGCCUUUUGGAAACUAAUGGCAUUGAGUUCGAUACGUGGAACGAGAGCGUCAGAGACAAGCUGGUCCGUCAGUGGCACUUCCAAACCCCUUGGCCAGACGUCCUUCUCGCAUUACAUCAGUUACGGGAGGACGGUAGGUGGUUUCUUGUAGUUCUCGCGAAUGGAACAGCGCGGUUGCAGCUCGAUAUCGCGCAAUCCUCGGGUCUACCAUUCCAUACGCUUCUCUCAUCUGAGCUGCUGGGUUUUACUAAACCGGAUCCUGCAAUCUAUCGGAAAGCGAUGGAUCUGGUACGACUCUCUCCUAAUGACUGCAUCAUGUUAGCCUCCCACCUGUACGACUUGGCCGCGGCAAAGAGCGCAGGCAUGCGUACGAUCUAUAUCCACCGGGACACCGAAGAUACCGAUACAGAAAUUGUCGAUCUGAGAGGCGAACACGCUUACGUCGAUUUAUAUUUCGACGGCAGAGAAAGGGAUCAGCAAUCGGCCCAAGAGGUCGGAUUUCUAGCGGCGGCUGAGUACCUCAUCAGAACUGAACCACGAUCCAAUUGAUCCCACUCUUGGUGUUGCCAUCGCUUCUCGAGAAUGGCACACACUACAUCUAAUGGUCCCCAACUUUUCUACUUGCCAGAAGAUGUGUAUUCAUUCAAGCUGACGUUCGUCUAUCUCAUGGAUGCUCAACCGACCCUGAACCCCGCCAGUCUAUCUACACCAACGCCCCGCACCCUCUCUCUUCUCAUGGGCCUAUACCGCUACUCCGGCUUUCCUCUAAACCAUCUAGUCCAAGCUCUGGAUCUGCACCUUAAUGCACCCUGUCUUCGGAUCCGCCGCUGUUUUGAACGCCUCAACUG